AUGCACCUCGAUGCACAUCUAUCACUGCAACCUCUAUGCAGGCCGGUUCUAUCUGAUGAGGAGAAGCCAGUCCGUUUAGCUGUCUGUACCGCUUCUCGAGAUGCUUGCUCUCGCUGCCUCGCACCGAAGGAUGGGAGAUGGAACAGAGAGGCCAAGUCGAGGAUGGCAAGCCACUCCAGGCUCUCUUGUCUUCCUGGAAACCAUUCAGGAUCCGGAGCCACACAAUCCGACGAGUGCCUCCUGGCCCACACCAAUCCCACAUUCCAAUCCAAUCCAAUCCAAUCCCCCAAGACAUCCUCGUCGCUCGUUCACGUGAGAGUGACACCAGGCAAGGUAGGAGGAGGACAGGUCCAGACGACGGAACCGGCGAAACCAUAUUUUAAAGUUUAG